AUGAGUUUAAAUGUGUAUAUACAUAAAGUUGUAGUUGUACAAGUAGUAAUGAAUGAGCAGAUUGGAUCAAUGAAACCAAUACAUUCAAAGAGACAAAGUAUACAGAUACACAACACACCACAUUACGGGGAAGAAGAAGAACCAUUGGAAAAUGUUGAUGAUCAAGAACAAACUAAGAAAGAGUUUGAUGCUGCGAUUCAUUCUGAUUUACCACCAUACAAGAUGGCACAAAUAGAGAUUAGAGAGAUGCAAAACUUUAAGAGUUGUCAGGGAAGAUAUUGUGAGAUUCGUAAUAUGAUUCUAGCAAGUUGGCACGAUAACAUCAACCAAUACUUGACCAAGGACGAGGCAACCAAGAUGAUUGGCGCACAAAACAAAAAAGAGGCUCAUUCUGUCUUUGACUUUUUGGAGCGAUGGGGAUACAUCAAUGUGGGUGUGUUUCAGAGACCAUCGGGGGAUCCCGAAUUCUUCUCAGAGAACGCGUCAAUUGGCAAGCGGGAUAUACGUCGCUCGAAAAAGGUGCUGGUGGUGGGCGGUGGUGUGGCGGGUGUCGCUGCAGCACGCCAGCUCAAGUUCUUUGGAUACGACGUGCGCAUUCUCGAGGCACGCCAGCGUAUUGGCGGUAGAGUGUGUACUGACAACCAGACGUUUGGCGCAUCGAUCGAUCUCGGCGGCAGUGUCAUCACAGGUCUCGAGGGCAACCCCCUCACAGUACUGUGCAAGCAGUUGCAGCUCAAUUUGCAUGUGCUCAAGGGCGAGUGUCCCCUCUACGACGUUGACGGCAACGAAAUCAGCGAGCGUGCCGACGAGCGUAUCACCAAACUCUUUAACACCAUGCUCGACAAUGUCGCCAAGCAGGCCAAAGACGACUCGAUAUCACUUCAAGAAGCGUGCGACAAUGAACUCAAAAAGGGUCGGUCUCUCACCAAAGAAGAGGCACGUAUUCUCAACUGGCACUUUGCAAACCUCGAGUAUGGAUGUGCCGGUGAGCUCAAAGACAUUUGCAUGGUUGGAUGGGACCAAGACGAUUCCUAUGACUAUCGUGGCGAACAUUGUAUGAUAAAAGAAGGGUAUGGCGCAAUUGCUGAAGGUCUUGCCAAGGACAUUACAAUCACCACAAACUGUAAUGUCGUCUCUAUCGAAUAUGACGUUGAUAAAAACAAUCAAGUCAAAGUCAUCUCUUCCGAUGGUAGUAUUUAUUUUGGUGAUUGUUGUAUUGUAACUAUUCCAUUAGGUGUUUUAAAACAAAAUAAUAUUCAAUUUACACCAGAACUUCCAUCAUGGAAAACAAAGAUUAUAGAAAGAUUGGGAUUUGGUACAUUAAACAAGAUUGUACUUCGCUUUAGUAGAGUAUUUUGGGGAAACACUGAUUAUUUUGGAUUUUUAAACAAUGACAAGGAAUCUAGAGGGGAAGCAUUUAUGUUUUGGAAUCUUCAUCGUGUCACUGGUGAACCAAUCCUAGUUGCCUUGGCAUCUGGUGCUUCAUCAAAAGAUGUUGAAGAAACACCGGAACAAAUAACAGUUAAUAAUGUAAUGAAGAAAUUAAGAUCUAGAUAUGGAAAAGAAACAUUGGAUCCAUUGGCAUAUAAAAUUACUAAAUGGAGUCAAGAAGAGUAUAGUCGUGGAACCUACUCGUUUAUAGCAAAGACAUCGAGUGGAAAUGACUAUGACUUGAUGGGUGACAAUAUUGGCAAUCUAUACUUUGCAGGUGAAGCUACCUGUCGAGAACACCCUUCUACCGUCGUUGGAGCACUUCUGAGCGGACUCAGAGAAGCCGGCAAGAUUGACAAGGAUUUCUGCUACCAAGUUGACAAGACCGAGGUCGUAGAAGUCAAGCCAGACGACCAAAAAGAACGAAAGAAAUGCUUUUCCAAAAACUAUCAUGGACACAACCCCAAAAAGGUUCGUGGCAAGGUGCAACCAAUGAUCAACAAGCGAUCACAUCACGGCGACGCUGAAAACUCCUGGUUAUUUAACAGUGGAUUCAUAAUCCCCAAAAAACCAGGAGCUGUCGGACGAAAACCAAAAGCAAGCAAAACAAUUACAACCACUACUACCACGACUACUAUAUUUGAGGGUGAUGAUGAUUCUGAUUAUAAACCAUCAAAUCCAAGUAGUGGUAAUGGAUCAUCUAUGAAUCAAGCAAAUAAUAAUAAUAAUAAUAAUAACAAUAACAAUAAUAACAACAACUCUUCUAUCAACCCUAUUGGACCACAACCACAGCAUCAACAACAUCAACAACAUCAACAACCAUAUGGAAAUAAUAAUAUGCAACCACAACCACACCAGAACAUGCCAAUGGGUGGUCCUCCUGGCGCAAUGCCAAUGCAUCACAAUCAACAACAACCUAUGAAUCGAUUACCCCAACAUGGACCUCCAUCGGAUUAUGAUCGGAGAUCAUAUCAAAACAAUCAACCACACUAUCAUCCAUAUGAAAGAGAUAGGGUACCUCUUCCUCAUCCUUCCCAUCCUCCUCAACAACCUCAUUAUGCACAACAUCCACAACAUCAACAACCUCCUCCUCCUCCAUAUCCAACAUCUCCCUAUGGUAAUCCACCACCCCAUCCAUAUCAACAACCACCACCACCACCACCACAACAACAACCGCAACAACAAUACCGACCACCUUAUCCAUACCAAUAUCCUCAACAACCAUCACCCCCAUACCAUCAACAACCAAUCCCUCAAGCACCCCCUCCUCCUCCUCUCCAACCACCCUAUAUGCAUAUGUCACCUGUUAAACAAGAACCACCUCCACCAGGACCAUACACACCACAACCAAACCAAUACACUCCUCCUCCUAUUCCUGGUCCUGCUCCUCUUGCUCCUCAACCAAUACCAUAUAAUACUGCAUCGCCACCCUAUCAACAACAACCUCCACCAAAUUAUAUGCAUCUACCACCAGUUGUUAAAUUAGAGUCUGGUACCCAACCACCACCUGGAUACCCAAUUGCACCUCAUCCACAACAACCAUAUAACCAUCCACCACCACCACCACAACAACAACCUCAACAACCACCACUUUCCUCUUCAUAUGGACAAAUUCCAACUGUAAAACAAGAACCAAUAUCUUCAUCAUACUCUACCAAUCUCAACAGUAGUGGAAACUAUAGUCUCAAUUCUUCAUCUGGAAGUGUUGGAGGAAAACCUGUAAAUAAUAAUAAUAACGAAACCGGAGUCUCGCAAGAAGAGCUUGCCAGAUUAAUCACCAAAGAAGAAAAGGAAAUACUCAGUAUACUUGUAAGAGAAGUCCUUAAAAAGUAUCCAUCUAUUAAUCGAGAGGAAUUUAAAAACAUUGCCAGAAAACUCACUCAUUGCUACUAUGACAAACUCAAAAGUAAAAGUAAAGAAACCAUCAAACAAAGUCCAGAAUUGAAAAGAUAUAUCCAAGAUGAUGUUGAUAAAUAUGUUACUGGCUUUUUAAAUCGUAAUAAAAAAACAUAA